AUGUCCUUCUCGUGGAAGAGCUUGAUAGGAGCAGGUGGAUCGAGUAGCAACAACAACGUAGCUGGCCCUAGCAGCGGACACGAUGAGUUGGCACACCUGUCUGGCGAAGCGCUGGAUGCUGCGCUUGGUGGCGCUUGGGAAGAAGCGAUGGAAGAAGCCCGCUUGCUUGGCAUGCCAAAUGUGAGUCGAGCGUAGAUGUAGGAAGCUCGAACGUGUCAUGCUCACCUACUUUUGGCCCCGUCUGCCUAUUUGUAACAGUUCGGAAACACUUGGUAAGUCUGAAUCGUGCGCUAGCUUCAUAACCUGAUGCUGACACCUGCGCUAUCAUGAUGCAUGCAGCUACGCGAACUCAGUUCUGCAAGCCCUCUACUUUUGUCGGCCCUUUCGAGAUUCGAUGCUUGCGUACGUCGCUGACGCGAGUGAGAAGCAGGCGCUGGGUCAGACAGUGGGCCCUGACGGGCGUUUCAUCGCGACGUCAGCGAGUGGUACCCAGGAGCAGGUGAUGGAUGGGUCCAGACUGCGAAUCGCAUCCGAGGCUGGGCCCAGUACGCCUCCGAUCUCCCCGCUUUCACAGGUACCUCCGUUCGAUGCACCCGUUCGGACCCCUUCCGGGCGUGCAGGGAUGCGUCCGUCCACAGCAGCAGCAUCAACCGCCGCGCCUACGGCCCAUAAGCGGCAGAACAGCGGUACUUGGGGCUUUGGCGGUCGGGGAGGAGCAGGUGCGAAGAAAUCUAAACCACCUUCGCGGAAUCCGUCGCCUACGAGGCCGAACGGCAGUGCAGCAGGAGCAAAUGGUGCCAAAGUCGCACCUGACGAUCCGACAGCGGCAAGAAAAGACCCCGAGAACCUAUUUGUAGCGCUCAAAGAACUCUUCAGCCUCAUUUUGUCCCAGCCUGUCCCACUCAAAGAUGGACUAGCCGCUCUAGGCUCAGCGUCCGGUGGUGGAUCCAAUUCACUUGGCCGCAAAGCUUCGGGCCGACCAUCAACGGCGAAUGGCCGACUGAGCUCCGUCAACACGGGCUCGAGCGGUGGGGCUUCUACCGCAGGAGAGGCGGCUGGCACAGUGGACGCCAAGGCACUCAAGGCUUUCCUCGGUGCUCUGAAGAGAGAAAAUGUGCUUUUCAAUAGUUCGGCGCACCAGGACGCACAUGAAUUUCUCAACUUUACUCUCAAUCGCGUUGGCGAGGAGAUUGUGGCGCUGCAGAGAGAUGAGGCCAAGACGGAAAGGGGCAACGGAACGAUCAAAAGAUCCAGCAAGACGGCGCACAUACAGAUGAUAGAUGGCAAAGUGCUGGCUGGUCCUGAGAUCCAGAAUGACAACAAGGAGGAUGGCAGAGAGGCUCAGAAAAGCGUCAGGCACGUAGGUCAAGGCGGACAGACGUGCGUUCAUCGUCUGUUUGAGGGUACAUUGACCAAUGAGACGAGAUGUCUCACGUGCGAGACGGUGACCUCGCGCGACGAGUCGUUCCUAGAUCUGUCCAUCGACAUUGAGCAGAACAGCUCGAUCACAUCCUGCCUCCGGCAAUUCAGCACCAGCGAGAUGCUCUGCUCGCGCAACAAGUUUUUCUGCGACACUUGCUCUGGUUUGCAAGAAGCAGAGAAGCGCAUGAAAGUCAAGCGGUUACCAAACGUGCUGGCUUUGCAUCUCAAGCGCUUCAAGUACGAAGAAAAGCUGCAGAAGGUGAGUCCGAGACAAUUUGCAUGUCCGGAAAGUAUCACACUGACGCCGACGUUUGGCGACAACAGUAUGUGAAGCUAGCAUACCGCGUGGUCUUUCCUUUCUCCUUACGGCUCUUCAAUACAUCCGACGAUGCGCCGGACCCUGAUCGGCUUUACGACCUCUUCGCUAUUGUCGUUCACUUGGGCUCAGGCCCGCACCAUGGGCAUUACAUUGCCAUCAUCAAGGUUGGCCGAAAGUGGUGCGUGUUUGACGAUGAGAGUGUCAAAUUCAUCGACGAGGCCGACAUUGCGCGUUACUACGGCGAUGCGCCCGGAACGGGCUCCGCCUACGUACUCUUCUACCAGGCAAGAGAGCUCGACUACGCAGAUCUUGGGCUUCCGCGUCAUGCGCCGCUUGCGUGGGCACCACCACCACCCCCGUCAAGCGUAUUGGCUGCAGCCGCGAGUGGCGCUGCCUUUGCGAACAGUAGUUCGAGCGCCCAUGUGCUCCCUUCUUCGGCACAGUUCGUGGCCAACACGCCUCCUAUUAGUAUGCCCCAUCCAAACAUGACAACGCCGACUGCUGCGACGCCCAGUGGUAGCGUUGGCAGUAGCACCGGCUUCUUUGGACGGAGGCAGAACAGCGUCGCGGAAACGGAUCGGCCGACACCGGGGUCCAUCGUGCCAGGAAACGCUUCGAUCGCCACAACAAGCUCAUCCGGUGGAUGGCUCAGCAGUCUUCGAGGGGGCCGCGACAAGAAGACCUCCAGCGCUGGUGUGACUUCUCCAUCGACGGACCCUUUCAACUCUCCUUCUGUCGUCAAGACAGGAGCCGACAACGUAUUGUCAGGCUCAGCAAUGGGCUUGGGACAGGCAGAGCAGCACGAUGAUGCUGCGUCAGUCGGGACUAGCUCCACAGGCAGCGCUGCUUUUCGUGGACGAACAGGGCUGGAUCCGCUACCGGCAGCGGACAGUCGAAGAGGUAGCUCCACUUCCCCAGCGCCGGUCAAUCGGCAGGAUGAUUCAAGUUGGGAUUCUCCAGCUCACACGUCGUCUCCUCAGAAAGCUGCUAUGGUUGCGCCGUCGGGCUGGACCGCCGCUGCGGACCUGGACAACAACGCGGCCAGUGUGCCCGCUGUCACGCCGCCUCGGCCUCCUGUCGCGACUUUGCACCCUGCGGGUGCAGCUCACGGGACUCCUAAUUCACACGCUCCCAGCACCGAUCCAGGCGGCAUUUCUCCUUCUGCGUCUUACGCAAACAUUGCGCCCCAAGGAGCAGCCUUCGCACCCGCAGAUAGGCCCUUGUCGAAGAAGGAGCAACAAAAGAUUGCCAAAUCGAGCAGGAGGUCGUCCACCCACGUCCACCCCAACGGUGUCGUUGUGCCAGGCAAUCUGGAUUCGAGCCCAGGUCAGAACAACGUCCCGCCUUUGCCAUCCCUUCCCAGCCAGAAUGUGGGUUCGGACAGCUCAGCGCCCAAGCGCAGGAGUACGCUGGGAGGUCGAUUCUUCGGUCGGGGCGAAAAGGACAAGGGCAAGAAUUGA